AUGGCCGAAUGCCGCGUUAUCCCUCUCAACAAGGGCUGGGUUUUCAGGCAGGCAGACGAUGAAAAAGCAGAGUUUUUGCCCGUUUCCCAAUUCCCAACUAACGUCCAUCUGGACCUGAUGCACCAUGGACUCAUCGCAGACCCUUUCCUUGGCAAGAAUGAAUUCGAUGUACAAUGGGUUGGAGAGAAAGCCUGGGUAUAUACUACCUCCUUCGAUACUCCGACGCUCAAAGGAGGGGAAAAGGCAGUUCUGGCAUUCGGCGGUCUCGAUACACAUGCGACAGUGCGCCUGAAUGCCACGAAAAUCCUCGAAACGGAAAACAUGUUCAUACCUGAGCGCAUUGACGUUACGGAACUGCUUCGAGAAUCGAAUGGCCCAAAUGUGUUAAACGUCACGUUUGAGAGCACGUUUCUACUCGGAAAAAAGAUCAAAGAGCAGUAUCCAAACCAUUACUGGGCCUGUUGGAAUGGAGACUCCAGCCGCCUUGCCGUGCGGAAGGCGCAGUACCAUUAUGGCUGGGACUGGGGCCCGACUCUCAUGACCUGCGGACCCUGGCGCCCUGUUGAUCUCGAAAUAUACAGUGCUCGCAUUUCAGAUCUCCAUUUCCGACAAAAUGUGGAAAAAUCUCUGAAACAGGCAGAAUUAGUCGUCACUGCAGAGGUAGAAGGUGACGCAGAGAGCGUGUCAUUUCACAUCGAAUUAGAUGGCGAAGAGAAAGGUUCAGAGACAGUCGAUAUCAAGGAUGGUGUCGCAACUAUGACCUUCCAUGUUCAAGACCCCCAGCUAUGGUACCCAUGGAGAUAUGGCAACCAACCCCUCUACACGCUGUGUGCGACCAUAUCAUCGAAUGGAGUAAAACUCCAUUCCACAAGCAAACGCGUAGGCCUUAGGAGAGCAGAGCUUAUCCAAAGAAGGAUGGACAAUACCGAUGGCACUUCUUUCUUUUUUGAGAUUAACAAUAUCCCCAUUUUCUGUGGAGGGAGUAACUGGAUUCCUGCGGAUAACUUCAUUCCCCGUAUUUCGCGCCAAAAGUACUACGACUGGGUAAAGCUGAUGGUUGACGGCAAUCAGGUGAUGGUGAGAGUCUGGGGGGGUGGUAUAUUUGAGGAACAAGCCUUUUACGACGCCUGCGACGAGCUGGGUCUAUUGGUCUGGCAGGACUUUCUUUUCGGAUGUGGAAACUAUCCAGCGUUCCCUAACUUCCUAGAAAAUGUGAAGCGUGAGGCGAUUGCAAAUGUCAAGAUUCUCAGACAUCAUCCGUCAAUUGUGAUACUGGCCGGAAACAAUGAAGACUACCAGUUCGCAGAGAGCGAGAAGUUAAAAUGGGACCCCAACGAUAAUGACCCUAUCAGCUGGCUGAAAUCCGAGUUUCCAGCACGAUAUAUUUACGAAAAGAUCUUGGUUGACGUGACGAAAGAUUUGAUACCAGAUACGUACUAUCAUUACGGCUCACCCUGGGGUGGGAAGAAUACAGCUGACCCUACGAUCGGAGAUAUCCACCAGUGGAAUGUUUGGCACGGCAGUCAAGAGAAAUAUCAAGAUUUUGAUAAUCUCUGCGGCCGAUUCAUCUCUGAAUUUGGCAUGCAGGGCUUUCCCGACAUGAGAACCAUCGAUGGCUACCUAACUGGCGGUAUAUCGGACCCUGAAAGACACCCCCAAUCGUCCACCGUCGAUUGGCACAACAAAGCCGCAGGCCACGAGCGCCGCCUUGCAACCUACCUAGCCGAAAACAUCAAGUACAACCAUGAGCCCUUCGAACAGUAUGUCUACGCUACACAGCUCAUCCAAGCGGAAUGCCUCUCUACUGCCUACAGGCUCUGGAAACGCCAAUGGAACGGACCGGGCCGUGAAUACUGCGCCGGUGCUUUGGUCUGGCAAAUGAACGACUGCUGGCCCGUUACAUCUUGGGCCAUUGUCGAUUACCACCUGCGUCCUAAACCUGCGUACUACUCCGUGAAGCGCGAACUAGCUCCUAUCACGAUAAGCUUGAAGAGGACAUCCCACACAGAAUACGUGGACAAGUACACCAACGUUUAUUACAAGACAACGCACAAAGUCGAGGUGUGGGCUACGAAUCUCACGGCUAAACCAAGAAAUGUAAAUGUGGUAGUUAAGACCUGGGAUUUGAUCACAGGCGCCGAAACUUCCUCAGAAGUACUGAAAAGCGGUUUCCUUCUGAAGGAGAAUAGGAGUACGGAGAUUACUGAGUUCAAAAUACCUGUCAAGGGCAAAAAAGGAGAGACCAAGGAUGGAGAGGAGAUAAACCGUACCGUUGUUGCGGCAUACCUGAUCGAAAACGGCAUGCAAGUAGCGCGCUACGUCAAUUGGCCGGAGCCGCUCAGGUAUGCUGCCUUGCAGGUCCCGAAGAAAUUGCAAGUGAUGGUUUCCGAGGAUGGGAAGCAGGUGGAGUUGUCAACGGACUUGCCGGUGAAGGGUGUUGUGAUUAGCACUGACGAAGACAUCGUGGUAUUUGAAGAUAAUUGUGUGGAUUUAGUUCCUGGGGAAACAGUUUAUCUUGGAGUUAAGGGGCUGGAGAAAGGCCAGGAGGAUAAGAUUUCUGUGAGGUAUUUGGGAUCGCUGUGA